GAAGACGAUGACGUCACGGAGAGCGGAAGUGGAAAUCUGCUUAGCUCUCAAAAUUCAAUUUUCUCAUUUAAAGACAUUUAUUACUCUCGUAUUGAGGACAUAGUUAUUUUAAACUCACAUGCCUGUUGUAAGAGUUCAAACGGUGUCAGAUUUGUUUUGACAAGUUAAAUUAUGGAGGAUUUUUACAGCCUGUAACUACAGAUGUAGCUUGUUUACCAGAACUAUGCCACUACAGUACAAGUGAGUGGAGAACAACCACAGCUUAUCCUAAAUAAUGCUCAAUCGCAUAUUGUCAGUAUGGUUUUGGUUUGGAUCGGAUCGCCCUGGAUUCUGUCUGGGAACAUGUGCAUUGACAACACUCAUGUUUCUGAUGUAUGCUGGGGGCAUCCAGGCAAGUCUCAGCGUCGGUCCAGGUGGAGACUUCCCGAGGCUCAGAGAUGUGUUCCUGUAUGCACUCAGUCACGAUGAGCCGUCCUCUCUGAUGGUCAGUGCUGCCCUGCUGCUGUUGGUCGGACCUAGUCAGGAGCGUCGCUGGGGAACAGUCGCCUUUCUCGGCCUCUCCAUCCUGACAAUGACCAUACUACCUCUUCUUUACACCCUGGUCCUCUUUGUCGGUGGCGCUGAGGCGAGUCGGAUCUGUGGUUACUCCGCCAUCCAGCUGGCCCUGUUUGCAGCUCAGUGUCGUCAGGUGGCUCAGAGGAGGCUGCUGAGGUGUUUGCCGGUCUGGUUUCUCCCCUGGCUCCUUCUGCUGGUGGGUCUGCUGCUGCUGCCCGGGACACCUGCCCUGCUUCACUUCUGCACAAUAUUCAUCGGACACAACUAUCAACAGCCCCUCAUUGGGAUGUUACAGGAGCUGGAGGAGCUCAGGGUCUUGGACUUCAUUCCUGAUUGGGUGUAUGUUCGCUCUUCAGCCAGGUUGAGAUUGCCCACCUGCAUUACCUCACAGAGAUCUAGAUCACUUUCUCAGAUGAUGCCUGCAGAUCAGGCAGCUGCUCCCCCCAUGAGGGAUCAAUUGAACCACCACCCAUGGGUGGAUGCAGAGCCUGCCUGGAUAAUGAAUGAGACAGCUGCACUGUCUGAGGCUGAGGUACUGGAGGAACAGAUGCUAAGAGCAGGAAUACUGGCCUCGUUACAGGAUGCUCCUGACAACCCUGAUGCAAAAGUGGAGGUGCCCAAAUCCUCAGUUUCCUCUCUGCGACUCCAGCAGCUAGAGAAGAUGGGCUUCCCCACAGAGAAAGCUGUAGUGGCGUUGGCAGCCUCUAAACAGCUAGAUGGCGCCAUUUCUUUGCUCAUUGACGACAGCGUCGGAGAGCAGGCUGUGAUGGUUUCAAAAGGGAAGAGCCCUAUGCUGCCACCGAGCAUCUAGACUACAUCACACACCUGUGGACUGAAAAGGUGUUUGCUCUUGUGCAAUAAACUGGACUUACAUUAUGCUUGGGUUUUGCUGAGCUUAAAUAUUAGGUUUUCCCUGUGGGCUACUUGUAGAGCUAAUUAAAUUAUCAGAAUUUAUGGGGGGAGUAAAGACUGAGUUGUUCUUUUGCCAAAACUGUGACCCAAAUCAAGUGCAGAUGCAAACUUGACUGUUUCGGAGACAACUUCUGUGUCUGCAUGUAAAAUUUACGCUGGAGAGAGUGGAUACAGUUUAUUUAUGGUGUUAUAAUGUUUAAUGAAUACCAUUGUGUUGUUAACCCAAAUAAAGAGAGGUGACAUGUU